UUUCCGCUCCUCCAACUACUGAGGCAGCGCGCGCAGAGCGAUGGACCCCGGUCUGAGCUCCGACUCUCACCACCUCCCCUCUACUCCCUUUACCCCCAGCCAGCUCCAGCCCUGAGAGCCAGAUAGCCCCGAGAGCCCUGAGAGCCCGGCUCCGGCUUCUACUGAGGUAAGUCUGAAGCUAAGUGGACCUAUAGCGGACCGCGCGCGCUCCUGAGUGCUGGAUGUGAAAGCUGGAAGCGGACGGUGGACUGCAGAAAUGUGUCUGAUGCCCGGAAUGCGCUCGCGGAGAGAAUGAGAGCAGACUGACUACACCACCUCUUGUAGAUCCUUCAUCCUCAUCUUCUUCUUCAUCUUCAUCAUACACUCCGUUCAGAUCCAGCCAAGUCCAACUCUCUCUCUCUCUCUCUGUGUCUCUGAGAGCGCCGGACUCCCUCAGCAUCAGGACCACCAGCAUCAGCAUCAGAACCACCAGCAGCCCGAGACCACUGAAUAGAGAGAGAGAGCGAGAGAGAGAGAGAGAAGCAGCGCUGUGGGCUAUUUUGCGCGUAUCUCGCUCGUAUCUCAACCCACCACGGUGAGGAGGAUCGUUGGGAGAGCACGUUGGAGACUGGAGUAGGAGAAUAGAUGAACCCCAGCAGCGGGGCGUGAGAGGAGGACCCAACCAACACUUUUCAACAUGUUCAAACGGGGCUGUGGGCUUGAGUUCCUGCUGGUGCUCUGUGGCUUGGAGCUGUCCUGGUCCUGCCCGCGCCACUGCAUAUGCUACUCGGCCCCUAGCACCGUCAGCUGCCAGGCCCACAACUUCUUGUCAGUACCCGAGGGCAUUCCUCCACACAGCGAGCGCAUCUUCCUCCAGAACAACAAGAUCCACCGGCUACUGCGGGGUCACUUCAGUCCCACGACGGUCACACUGUGGAUCUACUCCAAUAACAUCACGUACAUAGAGCCCUCCACAUUUCAAGGCUUCACGCUGCUGGAGGAGCUUGAUCUGGGGGACAACCGCCAUCUGCGCUCCCUCUCCCCAGAGACCUUUCACGGGCUUGGACGACUCCAUGCCCUCCACCUGUACCGCUGUGGCCUGAGUGCACUGCCUAAUAACAUUUUCCAGGGCCUUCGCAAUCUGCAGUACCUGUAUCUGCAAGAUAACCAUUUGGAGUACCUGCAGGAUGACAUCUUUAUGGACCUGCACAACCUGAGUCAUCUGUUUCUUCAUGGGAACCGCCUGUGGAGUCUGCACCAGAACACCUUCAGAGGACUGCGGGCUCUGGACCGCCUGCUGCUGCACCACAACCAGCUACAGUGGGUGGACCGCUUGGCCUUCCAUGACCUAAAGCGCCUCACCACCCUUUAUCUGUUCAACAACUCCCUGACCGAACUGGCUGGAGAUUGCCUGGCCAUGCUGGGUGCACUGGAGUACCUGCGUCUCAACGAUAACCCCUGGGAAUGUGAUUGCAAGGCCUUGUCUUUGUGGGACUGGCUCAAGAGGUUCAGAGGUUCCACGUCAUCAGUUGGCUGCGUGGCCCCAACUGAGUUGGCAGGAAAGGACCUGAAGCAGCUGAAGAAAGAGGACUUCCCCAAUUGCUCUGGAUCUGAGUCCCUCCACCAGAGCAAGACCAAGACGUGGGCUGGAACGGAUAAAGUCUCUUUGAAGCAAGAGCCCCAACCUGCCCAGCCUCCGCAAACACAUCCAAACCAGCCACACCUUACUGAACAAUUCCCCUCGUCACCUUCACCUCUGCCUCAGCCACCCCCUGCUAUUAACGGGGAACAGGCGGGACCGGAAGGUUUUCCGGAAGCAGUGACUCCUCAGAGACCCGGUCGCUCCCGGAACUGUACCCGCCCGAGGAACAGGGGUGGCAAGGGGAAAGGGCCCAAUGAGGUGCACACCUCGAAGGAGAUGGCAGACAAGGAGUAUUCCUCACCUGAUUUCACUGGGAAAUAUGACCACACUUCCCCCGAUAGUUCAACCACACGGAGAAAGCACAAAUGUACCCCCCGGACCACUGUACGCCCCCCAAGCGGGGUCCAACAAGCCACCAACAGGGGGAUCACCCAGAGGUCCCUUGUCUCUCUCUACAGUAUUGCGGGACUUCUUGUGCUGCUAAGCACUGGAUUCAUCUUGCGCUGAACUUAACAACGAUGCAUUAUAGCUCUACAAAAACAAUGCAGUCCUCAGAUCCACUCUAGCUCCAGCCGUGCAAGGCCUCUUUACGUGUGUUUCUGUGUGUACGCGAGAGUGUGUGGGAAUGGGAAUCACUCUGUGUGUGUCUGACUAUGUCUGUAAAAUACUGUGUCAGGAGCUUUGCCAUUUAGACUCUGAAAUAGAUAAACACGGUCGAACAUCAUACUUCUAAAGACUCACAAAUUGGGGCGAGCCGAAGGGUGGAAGAUUUCAAAGACGUGACAGAGAGAAGAAUUAGGGCAAACUUAACAUGCUUGCACUGCCACUGUUGCCAUGCCAUUUUUGGAUUUACUUUUAACGUGUCUAAUAGCUGCAUUUUUGUAAGAGUUCACUGAAAUGGCAUGUUAGGAGUUAGGAUGUGUAACUUGGAUCCAGGGUUUGAGAUGGUUACUGCAUUGUUGCAGAGUACCAAUUAUAUAUACUCAUCUUCAUAGAAAUAGUUGCAAAAUAGGUGCUACACAGAAGUAAUGCAAUCAGGUUAUAAAUAAAAAAAAUGAUUGAUAUGGGAAACUUUUGGACAUAUUUGUUGAGCUAAAAAUAACAGAAGUAGUGUGUAACACAUGUGUAACGCAUCAUGCCAGACAUCUCUGCAUAAGGUAGAGGUUCCUAAGGGUGUCCUGCCAUAAUCCAUUCCAUGAAGCUUACUUCCAUACUUAUACAGUUGCUGCAGAUAUUGCGGAUGUUGCAGAUAUUUUAAUUUUCAAUCAAGUACAAUCUGGUGAUGCAUGUGGCCAAAGCAUAGAAUCAAGGCGUAGUCUUGAGAGGCAAACUCUUGAGGUGGCAGCAGUUUGCAGAUGAGCACUGUCUUGUUAAAAUAGUGCACCAACCAGUAGUGCAUUCAGAAAAGUGUUGAGCUGUCAAAGUGCCUGUGAUGAAGACCAAAAGUGAUCUGGCACUGUACGAAAUUACACACCACACCAUCAUGAAUUAUGAUGACAUCAAAGCUUCUGGAUGCGUGAGCUGUGACAAACCAUAGAUCUAAAGCCUCCACACACACUGAUUCGUUGGUCGUCUUCACCAAGAGCAAGGGAUUCAUCACUGAAGAUGAUAACCCUUCUGCAACUAUGGAUGCAACUAUUUUUUUGAUGAUGAGUGUAAUGAAAAAUGUUUUAUUAAUAUGGUGCUUAUGCAUCUUAUUGGAAUAUUAAUAUCACUUUUCUAUCUAAGCGGCCAUAUAUUUUGAAGAAUAUUGAGGAAUAAAACAAAGUGUUCUUUGUUCGUAUAUCCACUCCAUGAUCAUGUUCAUUUUUUAAGUGCAUCCUUGUAUUUUUUUUAUCCAUUCUCUUUUAUUUUUUGCAUUUCCAAGCAAACAUUUCUUUCCAUACAUACUGCCUAAAUCUGAAUGUAAUUCUACAAUGAAUCACCACAUCAUCUUACAAUACAAAAAGUAUCAAUCAAAUUUGAUGAUCUGUAUUUACGCUUCAUGUAUUAUUUUUUUUAGCUAUGUGUGGUAUGUAUUCUUUUUUUUUUAUUAAAUGGCUUACAGUCUUGCAUAGUUAUGUUUUCUGCUUGUUGUUUAUGUUUUGUUACUUCUAAACUUUGGUGAGAUCGUUCUAGUCAGGAAAUAUACAGACCAGGGUCAAAAUAAUGCCAUAUAUAAUCCAAGACCCCUAUUUCAUUCAUGUGUAAUUCCCCAUUUUCAAAGUACAUGUGAUCUUAAGAGAUGAUCAAUCAAAUAAUCAAGAAAAUAAAACAGAGUUUAAGAAAGUAAUUUAUUUUUAAUGAUAUAAAUAUAUCACUUUUUUUUAAGGGUUGCCAAAUAUCUCUUGUGGAAGAGUAGCUGCCAUCGAAACCACCCCAGAUAUGAAAGAUUAUAAGUAUGAUAUGCUGUUAUUAUCGAUCACAAAGGAGAACUUUGUUAGGCUAGCGACUCGUUUUUUUUUUUUUUUUUUUUUCAACAUUUUACAAAGAAACUGUUGAAGACAGUGCACUCAAACUGACUAGCCUAGUCUAUAAAAGCACACUGGUUACCUUACCUCAGUCAAAUUGUUGCCUAAAUUCCAUACUUUUAUGAUAUAGAUGUUUUAUACACAGUAUGUCUUCAUAUACCCACUUUUUUAUUUCUACAUUUCAUGUAGUCAUUGAUCGCUCACUCUUAUUACGUCUGGAUUAGUUUGUGACAGUACAAUACAAAUCCUAUUGAUAAUGAGCUGCUAUUAUUGUUUAAUGAAGUUUAUGUAAGUGUGUAUGUAAGUGUGUGAGUGUGUGUGUGUGUGUGUGUGAGUACGUGUGUAUCGAGAGGUAUGGAAAGGUAUGGAAAUCUACACAGUUGUGUGUGUUUCACGUCUCGUGUGUUUGUUUUAUUCGGCUGAGCUGGAAACUGGAGAUGACCUGCUAACGGUGGGGCACAGAAACAGGAAGUGCCCCAAAGGGACCCGGGUCAAAUUGGGGUGAACUCCAUUUUUGUUAACAGCCCUCUGUCUGAACCCUCCAUCGAGAAAAAAAAAAAACACAACACAACACGGACACCCUCCUCUCUUAGCAGGCUGUGAAAACCACUGUUCAAUAAUAAUAACCAGAGGAGAUAAGAAAAAGGGGACGAAAAAGAAGAAAAAAAAAACGAUGUUCCUUCAACUAUCUUGUCGUGAUGAAGCUUAACAGCGAUUUUCAAUUCACCGUGGCCAAAAAAAUGACCUUUCGGAGCCAUAGGACUGCUUGUUCCACACUUAAAGACUGCUGUUUUCCAAAACGAAGCAAACUGGGGUCCAGGAGAAAAGACAAUCACGUCUGGUUUUUCGGACAGAGGGCACACUUCAGGGGGGAGCGCCGGCUCGUCAGCUGCAGAUGCUGGAGAACUUCUGGAGAGUCUGGAGAAUUGUGCCUCCUUUAUCGAGAUUUGAGAUGGUCUUUGUACAAAAAAAAAGGAAAUAAAUAAAUUGAACUGUGAACUGAAAUAUCAGCAGUGGAUGGACAUGCGAGGGAGAUAUUAAUUCAUCGGUACCAUGACGAUUUAAAAAAAAAAAAAAAAAGUUAAUGAAUGAACGAAUGACGACAUUUCUGAUGACAACAGGGUUUAUGACUUCUCAAGCAGAGAAGCACCUUUUUGCAGAUUUUUCUUUUUGAUUUUGUUUUUUUUUUCCUUUUCCGAUUUUUUUUUGUUUGUUUUUUUUCGUACAUGCUUUAGGCACCAUUUUCAAAGAAAACUGCACAAUCCAGUCCCCUUUACCCAUUUCUCCUCCUCCUCCUCCUCCUCCACCGUGCCCUCUGUUCUCCUGCGUCUCGCCAACCCAGUUCUUCUUUGAUGGUUUGACAAGUUGUUCUCAGACGACUAUACGACGACAACAACAACGAAAAAAUGUUUAUAAAGAUAUUAAAAUCUAUAUCUUCUUAUGUUACA